GUAUGUUCGGCCAUUUCCGUCUAGAGCUACAUCUUCAGCCGGUGGUGUCACUCAACAAUUCGGGACUUCAAGUACUCUAAACAUGCACCCCACAACUCCCUCACAGGAUAAAGGAUUAUAGAACGUUUUAUAUCGACGUAUCCCAAGCGCGUCUGUCCACUGUUCUGAGACAGUGUUUGCAUCUGUGUUGACGUUUGAGGCGCUCUGAUGGUCAGCAAUGGAUGAGGAGGACAGCCAGGAUGAGCUGAUAAACAGGAACGCUUCCCACGGGAAAGGCAAGAGAGCUGCUGGGUGGAAUAUCUCAGGAUCAGAGGAGGACUCUGAGGAAGCAGGAGAGGAGAUGGAGGAUGAAGAGUCUGAGAGCGGGGAUGAUGAUGAUGAAGAGGAGGAGGAUCACCUCGACGGAGAGGAUGAGGAGAUGGAAGAGGAAGAUGACAGUGAUGAUGAUGAGGAAGAAGAAGAAGAGGAGGAUUCUGGGAAGGCUGUGGAGGGGGCUGUGGCAGGAGCCUCUGCCGACCCCGCAGAGCUCAGCUCAGAUGAGGACUCAGAGAAGUGUCCCAUCUGCCUCAACUCAUUCCACAGCCAGCCUGUGGCCACCCCAGAGAGCUGUGAGCACUACUUCUGUCUGGACUGCAUCCUGGAGUGGUCCAAGAACGCCAACUCCUGCCCCGUGGACCGGAUCGUCUUCAAUAACAUCUACCUGAGGAAGAAUUUUGGAGGGAAAGUUCAGAAGAUGAUCACAGUGCACAAGCCUGUCAAGGAGGGCCAGGAGGAGCAGGUGGACCUGGAGCUGGAACAGACCAGCUGCGAGGUGUGCAGGGGGAGAGACCGCGAGGAUCGCUUGCUGCUCUGCGACGGUUGUGACGCGGGGUACCACAUGGAGUGCCUGACCCCCCCUCUGGAUGCCGUUCCUGUGGAGGAAUGGUUUUGCCCAGGGUGUGAAGCCAACAACCGUCGCUCACGGGGUUCUGCCGAGGACCUGAGCGAGGCUGAGAGCCAGAGCAGCGACCGCCCCACCACCAGCCGCUCCCGCCCCGCCCCAGCAGGGCCCACCCGGGCCAUCGCCCGCACCCAGCAGAGCGAGCGCGUCCGCGCCAACGUCAACCGCCACCGCAUCACCCAGGCACGCACGGCACAGCUGGCCCCCAGGUUCCUGAUGCAGUCCACCUGGCUGGACGACACCAUCAACGCUGUGGUGGCGGGCCUCAACACCGCCGUGUACGUCCGCAACCUCACGCCCCGCGCAGCCCCCAGCCGCCGGCGCAGGACCGUAAAGCGCAGGAAAGGCAGGAAGUCCACUGCCUCCGGGGAGAAGGGCAAAGCGGCGGGCACGGGCGUGAAGAGGCGGAGGAGGAAGAGGAGAACCAAAUCCAGGAGGAAGCUGGUGGCGAAGAAGCAGCCGACGUCGCGGGGCCGUAUAGCCCGUAGCCUGGGCAACGCUAAGCCCAAGAAGGGCUCCACUCUGCCCUCAGUGUGCCGGCCCUCGGACCACACUCUGGGCAGCAUGCGCGCUGACAUAGGGGCCGCCUCUUUCUCCGUCUACGGAGACCCCUUCGAUCUGGACCCCUUUGACAACGGGGAGGAAGACGAGGAGCAGACCCAGGUGACAUCACUGCUCGACGCCAAGAGGCGGGGCCUCUCUCGCUCCGCCCUUCGCUCCCACCAGCCGGUGGCUCGCCCAAUCACUGCUGGCCUCUCCAGGGGUGGCCAGGGUCAGCCCCAGGCAGAGGAGGCGGCCCCAGUGCCUGACCUGCUGGGCAGCAUCCUAACAGGACAGAGCAUGCUGAUGAUGGACAGCUCCGAUGUGGUCAUCAACAGAGACGGCUCCCUCAAGGCAGUCAAGCCAGUGAGCUCGUCGUCUCCGUCGAUUCCAGGUAGCAGCAGCAGAAGCAGCAGCUCGGGAGAGACUGGGCCGCCCGGCCCCCCGGGACAGUCCCCCAACCCCGGACCAAGCUUUGGCGACCUGGCGGGGCCCUCCCACAGCCCCCGGAACCCCCCACUGCCCCACAGCUCCCCAGGACCCUCAUCAUCGUCCCCUCUCAACCCCUCGCCACCCUCCCCCUCCCUGACCAACCACAGCCACACUGCCGCCAACCCCCACCCCUCCAGCCUGGGCCACCCACGCCUCCAGCUGGCCCCACCUUCCCACAGACCCAGCCCCACAGCGGGACCUAGCCUCCGGGGGACCAACGGUGUCGGACCCCCGCACAGAGGCCACCCUUCCACCUCCGGCCCCCAUUCUCACUCCAAAGGCAGGGAGGCGGCGCCACCACAGUCCCAGGCCAAGAAAGCCGCCCCGCCCAAACCCGUGUGGGUGGACGUGUCGGUGCUACCCAGGAUACCAAAGAUCAAACGGGAGACCAACGGCAUCGGCAACGACAGCGCCACUAGGGGGAGCAGCAGUAGCAACGGUUUCCCUGAGUCAGGCAUGCAGAGCCUGGCCGGAAACAGAGGCAGGCAGCACAGCGUGGACCAGCAGCAGGGGAGGCAGGACGGACAGACUCCCCGACACAGACCCGGCCCUCCCUCGGCCUUCGCCAGCUCCUUUUCCUCCUCGUCGUCGUCGGGUUCCCCCGCCAACCCUCCGCCGCCCUCCUCCUCGUCCACGAUUUGCUUCCGGAUCAACUCCAGCGGGAGCGCUUGGCACGCGCGGCCGCUCGCCCACGCCUCCGCCAUGGCGUGUGGGAGCUCGGAGGAGGACGAGGCAGCCAAGAAGAGGGGCGGGGCUGAGCCGAGGCGGCCGGGCUGGCGCGCGCGGGUCAAAGAGGAGCCGGCGGAGCGGGACGCGUACGACCCCUUCCAUCCCACGGGCUCCGAGUCCGACGGCUCAGGCGGCGAGCCCGAGAGCCGUGCCGCCGCAGACUGCAAGUCCCAGCGUGCUCGGGGCGGCUCCGGGCUUCCUGACGUGGGCGGCGGAGCCGGAUUUCGGAAGCAGGUUAAAGCUGAGGCCCCGGAGAGGAGGAUCUCGCCAGAGGGGGCGGGCGUCUCAGGGGAGCGCGUCGAGGUGAAGACGGAACCAGAGCCCUCUGGCAUCAGGGACUGUGGGAGGACUAAUCGUAGCCCACAAAGAGCACCCCAACCUGGGGCGAGCAGCAACACCAACUCCUUGCCUCACCGCCUGGUGCCUGUGAAGACUGAAAAGCCAGAACCAGCGGAGGAGAGCAGUCUACAGAGCCAGACCUCGACCUCCUCCCUCCAGAGAAGAGCUACCUCUGCCUCUAGCUCAGCCUCUACCUCAGCCUCCAGCCUCCCGGGCGAGAGGAGGUUAAAGACUGAGGUGAAACAGGAACCUGGGGACAGUCCAGCCGGCUCCCCCUCCAGGUCCUCGGGCCGGGGAAGGCAGGUGUCCGGGGGCAGCGGGGCGUCCAGGGAGCGGCAGUCGGCCUCCAGGGAGCGGCAGUCGGCCUCCAGCAGCCCGGAGCCAGACAGGCGGAGGAGAGGAGGGCAUCCAGACUCAGGGCAGGCAGGGAGGAGGAGGAAGGGGGAGGGGAGGCGGAGGGGGCAGGGCUCAGGGGAGGCAGGGAGGAGGAGGAGGGGGGAGGAGGGCAGUGAGAGGAGUACCAGACGCUCUGGGUCCCGGGACAGGAGGAGGCGUUCCCCCUCAGACAGCUCGGACUCGGGGGCGUCUGAGAGGUCACGCAGGAAGAGGCGCUCCCGAGACGGGAGGCGCUCCAGGUCAGGCUCCGACUCCAGCAGUAGAGAACCCAGGAAGAGUAAAAAGCAGAAGAGAGGAGGGAGCAGGGAGAGGAGGGCCGGCAGAGAGGGUGCCAGAGAUGGAGGCCGCGUGGCCAAAGACGAGAGGUACGCGCGCUCGCGCUCCGCCUCGCGCUCCAGAUCCAGGGAGAGGAGGAAAGAGCCGUUGCGACCCCCACCGUCCUCGUCCGGCUCUAAGGGCAAGGUGGACUCGAGGUCCGGAGGCGGGAAGAGGCCGCAGUCCCGUUCCCGGUCCAGAGAGACACGGAAAGGAGAGGGGUCGUCCGCGGGCUCCUCCAAGGGGCCACAGAAAAUGGCUCCAACUCUGGCCACCUCUGACCUCUCCAAGGAACAGCAGGGGAGGAAGAGAGAGAAGAAACUCCCGGGAAUCAGCGCUCAGGAUGGAACGGAGAGAGAGGUGAAGCGAGGGGCGUCUUCCUCGAACUCGGGGCAGAAACCUCUCUCCGUCUCUGAGGUGAAAGGGGAGAGGAACCACCGUGACGGCUGGGCCUCCACUAACCCCGUCCAGGAACCCCAAGUGGCCAAAGCCAUCAAGAAGGAGAAACUCACUUGCUUUGAUAUAUUCGGAGAAGAUUCAACAGAUGAUGAACCCGUGAAGGACGAAAAACCCCAGGCGACCUCCCUCAGUGCGAUCAAGGACUUCUAUCUGAAGAAGGAAAAAGAGAUCAAGAAAGAAAACAUGCGCUCCCCCCAAAACGAGCCUUGCACCUCCGCGACGUCCGCUGAGAAAAAGGAAGAGCGGGUAUCCAUAGCAACCGUCGAGAUCAAGACGGAGCCUGACCUGACCCUGGCGUCCAGUGUCCCCCCUCCUCCUCCCCCUCCGGCCCCCGCCCAGGCCGUGCCCUUCCCCUCCCCCACCCCCGCUAGCCUGGUCGCGGUUCCUGCGGACAUCCCUCCACCCCCUCCGGCGCCUCGGGUCAAGCCAGAGACGCCAGCCGGUGUCCCUGGGAGGCCGCCGGCCGAAGAGCCCUCGGACUCUGACGAGGACUUCAACGUGGAUAUGUUGCUGGACAGCCUGGACUUUGUGAAGAGCGAGAAGGCGGCGGAGAGAGAGGGAGGGGCAGCGGUGGUGGGAGGCGAGGUCAAACAGGAGAGGGGGGAGGAGGAGGAGGAGGGGGGAGGAGGAGGAGGAGAAGGCGGAGGGGGUGGUGGUGGAGGCGAGGUCAAACAGGAGGAGGAGGAGAAGGCGGAGGGAGAGCCGGUGCCGGGAACGGCUGGAGCCAAGAGCAAAGCUCCGGUGAAGAGGGUGACCUGGAACAUCCAGGAGCCCGACGGGCCCCAGCCAGAGAAGACCGGCAGCAAACUGGCUCUCUACAAACUGAAGCUGAAACAGGAAGGGGCACGCAGACCUUCCUCCUAUCAGGACCCCUCAGGGGCCCUGCCCAGCGGUGACCCCUCUGCCCAGGGUUCCAAGAAGGGCAGUGCCAACAGCCUGGCCCCAGCAGGGCUGUCAAUCCCUGGGCAGGGCCAUGCCACCGACACCCUCUCAGAGGCCACGGAGGAACCCAGGAACAAUAAGUACAUGAAGAAGCUGCACAUGCAGGAACGAGCCGUGGAGGAGGUCAAACUGGCCAUCAAGCCCUUCUACCAGAAGAGAGACAUCACCAAGGACGAGUACAAAGACAUCCUCCGCAAGGCCGUCCAAAAGGUGUGUCACAGCAAGAGUGGCGAGAUCAACCCUGUGAAGGUGGCCAACCUAGUCAAGGCCUACGUAGACAAAUACAAACAUGCUAGAAAACACGGGCAAGGAAGAGAAGAUGGAGAGACGACUCAGGAGACAGAGACCGAGGGAGCCAAAGACUCCGAGAGCCCAUGAGUCUGCUCGCGUCCAGAACAGCCUAAGAACCAUCCCAGAAGAGAGACUCUGACAUAUUUGUUUUGCUGUCAUUAGUUUUGGUCUGGAUUGUGAUGCAUACUGUGAAAGGACUUGUGGACUUUGAAAUGCCCUGUCUUUAGACUCUUGUUUUGUUGAUUUUUUUAAGGUGUGUAUGGGUAAUGUGCCACAUUGUGGAUAUCGUUUUUUGUUUGUUUUGUGAUUGAAAAGAGGAAUAGAGAAGCCAAUGUUUUGCACAUAUGUUCAGGGUGUGUGUUUGCAAUAUGCUCUGCUCUGGUGUCAUCUUGUGUUUUGUCAAAGAAGAAGGGAAGACCUCUUUUGUAGCUCUUUUGAAACAUUCGCAUGGGGUGCAGUCUCCAAAGAGACAGGCGUCAGAUUACCUUUCAGUGCUGCUGUUUUAGAGGCUCUGUCCAAGGUCGCCGACUACCAGCACGGCUCGCCGUUUUUGGUCUUUUCUGUUUUCUGUUUGUGUCUUUGAGUAUGCGUCAGUUGCAUUUUGUUUGGUCGCACGUGGUGCAAGAUUAAGGAGUCUAUAUACUGUUUAUUUUGGAAAUAUCUCCUACUUUUGUUUGUUUGAAAUGUUGCCAUUUUUGUAGAAAAUGAACAGAUGAAGAUGAUGAUAAUCCAGGAUUUUAGAUUUAAUGUAAAUUUGACCAUGAAAUACCAGUAUUUCUGCCCUUCCAAUUGAGAUAUUGUAUGUCAUGCACUGAGCAUCAGUAAGCUGUGGCUGGAUGUAGGUUUAGCUUUCUUUUCUUUUAAUAUAUAGUUUUAUUCUGAAAUCAGUUUUAUGUAGGGCUCUGUGGUACUCUGGGUACUUCUGUAUAACUUCCUCUAGAAUCAUGAAACACCAUAGCUCCUAUCCACCGAUCAGUCUGCUGUCAUCCAGAGAAUGUCCGGCAGCUUUGAUCGUCAGGCUCUGUCAAAACACUGUUCAUCUGAUAGUGGCGCUUGUUUGAGAGAAUGCUGCAAACUGCACCAGCUAUCUGGCUGUCCUUUCUUGCCUAGAUCAGAAAGCUGGUUUCAGGUUUAUGUAUCAGGAUUUUGUAAGGUUGAGUUGGAUCCGUCCGUUUAAGUUGUCACUCAAGUUGCAGCCUAAAGAUUGGUGAUCAUGGGUAAUGAAACCUCCCAGUUGUUUAAGUUGGUGCUCACUUUUAAACAGGGAAACACUUAGUUACAUCUUUGUUCAGAUGCAAUAACUCUCAUGGUCAUGUUCAUUUCCACUGUGAUCUAUUUUAGAUAAUAAGCAAAUUCAGACACAGGUGAGGUUUUGUACUGAGUGCACGUGUCCUCAUUAUUAUGACUUUUCUCCACUGUAGGAUUCCUCUAUGGAACUACAUCUGAUUGCCUUGGCAAUGUUGUUUGUGUUGCACCGCAGCAGGAAAGUGUGUGGCAUGUUGACUUGCCUUGGCCUGCCCUUCAGCUGUGUGUGGGAGGUGAUAUACUGUAACAGGUGCUUGAAUUCAGAAGAAUCUCGCUUGUUCACUUUUCUCUUCCGUCACGUAGUAGUAGGUGCGCAGAAUAGAGGGAAAUACAAUUUCAGAUUAUAUUGAUCCUAAUUAAUUUUGUGUUUAAUGUUUAAAAGGACCUUUGUAAUAUUGGUGAGCAACGGUGUACGUGCAAUGCUCUGUUGAUUAACCCAGUAUUUUCCAGUAAAAUACAGACUACACCAGAAAUGGCACAUCCAAGAAAAUGUCAUUUCUUGUGGGUACCAACAUAUAGUUUGUUGGGGUAGUUAGCAUGAAAUGUGUGCAGUUUCAAAUGAUGGAGAGGGUGUUCUUUUGGAUAUAAAGCAAUGUAGGGCUGCUCUACUUCAACAGGGCAGCUUGCCCGUGCUGCCUUCUCUACAUCUACCCUGAGCCAACUGGAUGAUCUGAUUGUAAAUACUUAUGUUAUUAUUGUAAUAAACAAAGAAAACAUUU